AUGGCCGACGUUCCCGAUGAGCCGCCGCGCCGCGAGUUGACACCAUCGCUGCCAUCGCUGGCGUCUCCGCACACGAAUGCGAUGCCGCCAACGUGGGGGAAGCGCACAACGCUCGAUAUACCGACCGAAGCUCUCUACAUAGGGCCCGCCGACGGCCAAACGCCCAAAACAUUGUCCGGUUCGCCUUGCACCUCCCAGUCAUCGUCCGGUCCGUCUUGCACGCGCAAGACAUCGUCAAGUCCGCCUGCUACGCCGCAAGACCCGAUGCUGCGACCCCGAAAACGAACCGAAACAUAUGCGGGCGCAGGAAUACACUCAGACCUAACCGCAGAUAUGACUACCAAAAAACAGCGGCCUCGCCGCCCCCGCUACUCCAACCCCCUCGACACCAUAACCCUCUUCAGGAAGCUCCUUAAACUCUCAAAAAGACAGGCGCGAGGGCACCCCCUCCCUCUCAAAUGUCUGGUGCCGCGCCCGAAGCGCUGGGCCGGUGGGCUCGAUAGUUCGGCGCCGUCGUCGUUUUGGGAGACGGACCCAGAGGCCUCGCCGUCGUGGCAAGGCCCCCGCGCCAACGGUCACGGUGGUAUCGGCGGUGUCGUGGGCGCGGAGACGCCUGAUGAUGAACUGGACCCCUCCACCCAGCCCAAUUGGCUUCUACUGGACUGUAUGCCCUCGUCGCCUCCUCCACUUUCCGCGAGCAGCAACACCACGCCGGAAGGGGAGGGGUGGGGGGUACCUAUACUUUCCGGUGCGCCCCUGUCGGCGGUUUGGGACGCGAGCCCCGAGGCCUCACCGUCGUGGCAGGGUCCCCGCGCCGUUGGUCGCGGUGGUGUCGGCGGUGGCCCUAUCGUGGGUGCGGAUACGCCUGAUAAUCAACUGAAUCCCCCCACGCAACCUAAUUGGCUUCCUCUACUUUCUGCGAGCAACAGUACCAUGCCGGAAGAGGAGGGGUGGGGGGUGCCUAUACUUUCCGAUACGCCGCCGUCGCUUCCUCCGCAUUCCAGCGCAUGCGGCACCAGCGGCGGGAAAGAGGUAAAGGGUGGUUCACUAAAGAGGAGGCGGGAGAUGAACAAUGAUACGGAGAUUGCGGUAUCUUAUAAUAUAGAUAUAGGGAGGUUCAAGCGGCAUAAAAGCUAA